AUGACCGGCCAGACCUGUGUUCCUCUUUCCCGGGCAUCAAUCAUCCUUCAAAGCCCCGAUACCAAAGUCUCGAACUACACUGCCAGACCCUGUCGGAUGUGUUCUUCGAUUCUGACUGCUCAUUUGGACCCCUACACUCUGUGGCGCAGCUCGCUCGACCAACUCAGUGUCACUCAUCAAGACUUAGCCAAGGCACGUUGCAGUGAUGGCUUGGACAUCAAGCAGUCUGCGGUGAGUCUACUAGGAGGUCGUUGA